UUUCACUCUACUCCUGCAUAACUUACACUGCAUAUACCAUACACGGGCGGAUUCUGCUAUUGUUGCUCUAUUAGAACCAACGUUGGUGUCUAAUCUGUAUUAUUAUUGCCCCUGCUGUCCUGUAAGCUAUUUGGAAUCAAAAUGAGAAAGUCAGAAUUCGAAGCCCUCGUGGCCAGCGACAAACUCACCGUUGUCGACGCCUUCGCCGAAUGGUGCGGGCCCUGCAAGGCCAUCGCGCCCAAGAUCGAGGCCUACAGCAAGCAAUACACUGACGUGCAAUUCAUCAAAUUCGACGUCGACGACAGCCCUGACGUCGCCCAGGAGUUGGGCAUCCGCGCCAUGCCCACUUUCAUUUUCUUUAAGAACGGGCAAAAGAUCACUGAUGUUGUCGGUGCGAACCCACCGGCAAUUGAGGCCGCUAUCAAGGAGCAUAAGUAAAGAUUGGAAUAUUGGAUAGGGGGGUUUACUGGGCUGGCAUAAUUGAGAUUUGACUAUCGUGUAUAAUCUAUUCCUAGGCUAGUAGUCGCUGG